UCCUGCCCCACUGAUGCUCUUCUCCCCCUGCGGGAGCAGGGAGCCUUGCGGUUCAUGGGGUGACUCCGGGAGGAGCGGCCCGCGGUUGGCAGUGUUUGCAUUUGGCCGGUGUCCCCGCCUCCGGGUCCCACGGCCGGCUCCUGGCAGAGGAGGCUGGAGAGCCGCCCGAGGCACCCGCCCGCUGCCACCAUUUUGCUGGGGACCGGCGUAGCCGUGGCGCUUGUGCCAGCCUUGCGUCCCGGCAUGGCGGCUGGGCCAGGUUUGGGAGGAGGAUGGCUGAGAGCCGGGCGCGCCCGGGCUCUGCAGUGAGACACAGACGGUCAUUGCAGUGCGUGUGGCAGGAGCAGUACCCGUGAUUCUCCCCCGUAUAUCAAUUGAGUUUUUCCUCUGGGGAGUUAGACCCAAUUUGUACAUACGCAGUGUCCCGUCAGCUUACCAAAGUUUAUGGUUUAGCUUUUCCUGCAACUCAGGAAGGCGAAGAAAAGCGUUGGUAUGAAAUAUCCUUUCAAAGAGUGCAGUCGUUUACUUGCUGUGUCAGCACUACGUCUGAAAGAAAAGGCAUGUUCCGUAACCUACAUUUCAAAGGUCACAGUGCUACUGCUUCCAGCUUCUGAAAAUAACAGUUCAAGCCAGCAUCAUGGCUGGUUUGAACACUUGGUCUGUUUUGCUGGUUAUACUAUGCCAUUUCUGUCAAAGAUGUAUCCUAAGUGGAAUUUCAACACAUGUUGAAAUAGCACAUAGAGCUCUGGAAUUUUUCAUUAAGCAUGAAGGGAGUGUUAAUUAUAGACAGUUAUUACUGACCCACCAAGAUGCAUUUCAGGCUGGGAGCAUUUAUCCUGAUGCCUUUUAUCCUUCCAUCUGCAAAAGAGGAAUAUUCCAUGAUGUAUCUGAAGACACUCACUGGUCACCAUUUCUCAGUGCAAGCAUUCACUACAUCAGAAGGAAUUAUCCUCAGCCUUGGGAAGAGGCUACAGAGAAGCUGGUGGCUUUCCUCUUUGGAAUUGCAUCACAUAUGGUGGCAGAUGUUAGCUGGCAUAGCCUGGGCAUCGACCAAGGAUUUCUAAAGGCCAUGGGAGAGAUUGAUUUUCAUGGUUCAUACUCAGAAGCUCACAAUGUUGGCGAUUUUGGAGGAGAUGUACUGAGUCAGUUUGAGCUGGACUUCAGUUAUCUGUCAUCAAAUUGGUAUGUACCUGUCAAAGACCUAGCAGCUAUCUAUAAGGAGUUUUAUGGAAAAGAGAUCAUUACUGAAAGCACAAUUACUGACUGUACUUACCUGCUGUUUCUUGAACUGCAUGGAGAAAGGCUUGCUGUUUCCAAGCUUUUUCCAACAUAUGCCAGUAAAUCUCCAUUUCUGGUGGAGAAGUUCCAUGAGUAUUUCCUUGGAGGAGUGGAUGACAUGGCAUUCUGGACCAACAAUAUUUUUGAGCUGACGAGCCAUAUGCUAGAGAGUGGAACCAGUGGUUGCUUCCUUCCUGAGAACCCGCUAUUUAUAAACUGCACAAGUGAGCACAAGGACAGCUACAUCAAAAACAAACAAUCAAAACAUGAACAUCACAAGAAUACAACUUCUUUGCUCAGAGAAAAACUUGAAAAGAAUGUAAAUUAUACUGAGAGAGGAGUUCGUUUCGACAUACAAUCGUGGGCAACAAAUCCCCUCCACUUGUUAAGCAGUGAGUUUUCAACCAGUGUAUGGAGGUUGUUAGCAGCUAGACAUCAGAAAUCUUCUAAGACCAUCUCCAAACCAGCAGCUUCAUAUUUUCUGACUUCACCCUAUGCUAGACUUGGAUGGGCAAUGAUCUCAGCUGACCUAAACCAGGAUGGAUAUGAAGAUCUGGUGGUUGGAGCACCAGGGUACAGCACACUAGGCCAUGUGCAGAUAGGACGGGUGUAUGUGGUCUAUGGCAACCACUCAGGUUUGCCAGCAGAGAACAUGGAUCUAGAUGGGAAAGCAGACCAAGUACUACAGGGUCACCAGCCUUCAGGGAGAUUUGGUUCUGCCUUGGCAGCCCUGGACUUCAAUGAAGAUGGAGUGCCAGAUCUGGCGGUUGGAGCACCUUCCGUGGGAUCUCAGUUUCUUACUUAUAAAGGUGCUGUGUAUAUCUAUUUUGGCACCAAGGGAAGAGGCUUGGCAUCUCAACCGAAUGUUACCAUAAUUUGCCAGUAUUCCUACUGUAAUCUUGGUUGGUCCCUCCUGGCAGCUGAUGUUGAUGGGGAUGGAAAUGCUGAUCUGAUUGUGGGCUCUCCAUAUGCACCUGGUGGUGGGCAGCAGAGAGGAUUUGUGGUUGCAUUUUACUCUUAUUUCAACAGGACUGACCAAGAACUUCUGACAGUAGAGGAUGCCAACUGGAUGGUGAAGGGUGAAGAAAACUACUCUUGGUUUGGAUUUGCACUUGACUGCUGCCAGCUGGAGAACGUAACACUGCUGCUGAUUGGUAGCCCUACAUGGAAGAGUUGUGCUGGCUGCAGUCCCUUCUCAUCGGGUGUCAGACAGAGUGUUGGAAAGGUGUAUGGAUUUAACCCACCAAGCACAAAGCACCUGUUUGCAGUAACUGGAGACAAGGCGAUGGGCAGAAUGGGUUUGUCUCUGGCCAGUGGUGUGAUGUCUGUGGCUGGGAUCCCAAGGACAGUUUUGGUGGUGGGUGCACCUACUGCAGAUAGCCUGUCCAGGAUAUCAUUUCUGUCCUCAGUGCUGCACCAGGCUGGACUGGCUCUGGUGUAUGAUCUGACAGACAUCAUGAAGCCUUCUUUGCUCAGCACAUUCAGUGGGGACAGGAGGUUUUCUCGCUUUGGAGGGGAUGUAAAUUUAAGUGACCUGGAUAAUGAUGGACUAGAUGAGAUGAUUGUGACAUCCCCACUGCGAACUAAUGGUAUCACCCCAAUACUGUUUGGUGGGGCAGCUGGCCGUGUUUACAUUUACAGUGGGAAGCAGAGAGCCUCAGGGAAUGUCACAGGCCACUGCAAGUCAUGGAUCUCUCCCUGUCCUGAGGACUGGGCAGAGUAUGUCCUGAUUUCUCCUGAGGAACUAUCAAGAUUUGGGAGUUCUGUUAUCACAGUGAAAUCUGAAAGAAAGAAAGAAGUGGUGGUGGCAGCAGAGAGAAGUUCAGCGAAAGCUCGGCUUGGUGGAAGGCUUUUUGUCUACUCACUCUAAGAGGUCAUGGUAGACUUUAGGACCAGGGCAAAGCUGAUCUUUUACUGAAGAAUCAAUCUAAGAUCUGUGAUACUUAAGGUAGACAAAUUGAGAGAUAGGAUGACAAUAAACUUCUGAUAGACAGAUGUCCCAGGAAGCUAAAAAGGGUUCUAGAUAGUACGAAGGGAGGAUGGGGAGGGGGAUGAUCACUGUAAGUGAAGAGGUAUAUAAGCAUUCAUGGUGGUUUGAUUUACACACCAACCAAAGCUAUGUCAGUCAUGUAACAGCACAAAUUAAUUCUGUUGUGAGCAGUAGCAUCACUUAACCUAGAACACGCAAGCUAGUCUGAAAAUAGUUUAGAGGACGAAAUAAGCAGAAGGGUCAAUUUCUGGUAGUAAUAUCUAGCUAUGUAAGGACUCUGCUGGUCCAAUUUGAGUAUUUUCUUGUGGCAAAACAAGUUAAAAAUAGCACCAUUUACAAUUCCUGGUAUACUUUGAUACAGACAAGGAUUCUAAGAUACCAGAAGUUGCUCUCAAACUAGUAAGCAUGAAGGAGAGGGAGCUCUAAGCCAGACAGAAAGGUGGGUGCUGAUCAAAAGCAGUGGUUGGUGCCUCUGCCUCUAGCAAGGCUUAAGGCCUGUGCUCAGGGUGUAGAACAGCUAAGAUCUCCCAGGGAGAAAAGCACAUGACAGCAAGACUGCUUACAUUUUAGAAAAUGCUCUUUUUUUCACACUUGUGGCUGCGACUACUCUGACACCUUUUCUUUGUGUUUUCAUGUAACAUUCUAUGCCCAUGGUAACUAAGAAUUGUUAACAGUAUUGUUUUCAACUAAUUAACACUAAUUUUGUAUAAUACUGGUCUGACAGAGUGUGCAUCAGUAUCUAUUAAACAGUUUGAGCAG